CAUUAUUACUACCGGUUUACUUCCGGGUACUAGCAUGCUACUCGUAGCUGUGCACAGAUGAAAGAUGGGAAAAGAUGAUUUUAGAUGUAUUGAAUGUAACGAAAAAGCAGCGGAACUCCACAGGGAUUACAGCAACGGGAUCCUGAAGAUAACAAUAUGUGAGUCCUGCCAGAAGCCAGUGGACAAGUACAUUGAAUAUGACCCAGUCAUCAUCCUCAUCGAUGCCAUUUUGUGCAAGACACAGGCUUUCAGGCACAUUUUGUUCAACACAAGACUAAAUAUCCACUGGAAGCUGUGUGUGUUUUGCCUGCUGUGUGAGGCCUACCUCAGGUGGUCCAUGCUCCAUGGCUCCGAGCAGAGCAGUGACCCUGCUGAUAUAAUCAGAUACACAAAGGAAUGGGAAUUCUACGGCAUGUUUGGAUUGGCUGCUCUUGAGCUGUCAGCUUUCUGUGGCGGAGUGCUGUGUUUCCUUUGGGUGGUGGUCUGCUGCCUGCAGGGUGGGACCAUGGAGCUCUGCCUGCUCCUCAGAGCCCUGCUGUUGUCGUGCUACGGCAAAGUCCUCCUCAUCCCCGCUGUCAUCUGGGAGUACGAUUACUCCCCGCUCUGCCUGGGCCUCAUCAAACUAUUUGUGCUCACCUCAAAUUCACAGGCGAUCAGAGUGAUCCUGAACAGCAGGAGACGUCUGUCGCUGAUGGCCGUUUGUGUAGGCCUGCUGUCGGAGACCUGCGUGGCUCAGGCUUGUAAGAAGCUUUCAUGGAGCAUCCAGGACAUGUUGACAUUUUAAUGAGAUGGAAGUGUCAGCUGUCUCAGGGAGGAGUGAGUGACCACCAUCAUGGACUUUCUACACAUGGGAUUCAAGUUGAAGUUCCUUUCAACUGUUUUGCUUUUGCUGGCUGCUAAUGCCAGCCAUGUGUUUUGUGUUUAUUUAAAGGUAUGAAACACAUCUCCUCCUGUGUGCUAGAAACCUGACUGACACUGCAUGAAAAAAGGCCAGAUCUGUGUUGAGUUUAUGUGAUACAACACGAGAGACUGAGAAUUUGUGCUCCCCGUAGAGGAAAAGAGACAUCUUCAUAUAGGAGGAAUGUUUUUAUUUGGUUUUAAUAUGGAUAACCUGGGGUUCAUCGUGCAAAAAAGUCACAGAGGGAGACGAAUGUCACGCAGACAUCUCCUGAUCCAAGCUCCUGUUAAACAUGCUCCAGUUCCUGAGCCACUCUUGAGGAAUGACACAAACACAGACCCCGAGGUUGUAAUUUGACAACAGCUACUUCUCUGUUUGGACACGCAGCAGUCCUCACAUUCCUGAGCUAAUUGGUGAACUGUUUGCCAAAAUUAACCUAAACACACAUAUGGGAAUGUAUAGGAACAGGGUGACUUUGCAGGUAUUUAUUGCAGCGUUACUGAUGAGAGAACUGCUCAUGUAGUUCCAACCAAGAUCCAGUAUUUUGUUUUGAUGACGUUAUUGGGAUUUUUGUCAUAAUUGACUAGUAUAGCAAAUAUUUUUAAUGGUGUUUUUUAAAUAGCUAUAUUGAAAAUGCCUUUCAUGUGAUGAUGUGAGUGAUCUGAUCAACACUCCCAUGUCCCCAAAUAAUCAUUUAAAAACAAUACUAGAAGCGAAUCUUACACUUUUGUGAGAACAGAGCCGGUGUAAUUGCAUUUUAAAAUAUGUGUCAUUGAAUUUAAAUGCACAAUGUUUGAAUCAUGUGGCUUUGACGCACAGAAUGUGAAAUCCUCAAAGAUUAAGCUGCAGGAGAUCGCUGCUAUCACAUGUGUGAUGUGAAAUGAUGAUAAAAACAUGUUGACCAGCUGCAGUUGGAACGUUCCACAAAACCUCCGCCUACUGUCGCUGGAAUGUGUCUGGAAAUAAACACAGACACAUUCCAGACACAUUGUGUGUUCUGUUGAUAAAUCAAUAGAACAAACUGUGAAAUCAGA